AUGGGUGAAGGCCAAAGCAAAGCUCUACAAGAAGAUGCAGUACUCAGUAGUCCUCCCCAUCUUGUUUCUAGUUUCAAAACUGAGCAAUGUUUCGUCUUUAAUUCUCUCUGGUUCCGCCUGUAUGGCAGAACUUUUCUGAGUGAAUCUACUGAAAUGCAAGGAAAUGGGCAACAGACACCUUUCAACGUAGUUGUUGCACAAAACGGCUCAGGCAAUUUCACUACUAUUGGAGGGGCAAUCGCUGCUGCACCAAAUUACAGCAAUGAAAAGUACUACAUUCAGUUAAAGGGAGGAUUCUAUUUCGAGAGCAUAGUUGUUGGAAUAGAGAAGACGAACAUCGUCCUCAUUGGGGACGGCAUGCGGAGAACUAUAAUCUCAGGCAACAAAAGCGCUGGCGGGAUAUUCGGGAAUGGAUUCAUGGCACAAGGUAUAACUUUUGAAAACUCGGCUGGACCACAUAUGAAUCAAUCAGUUGCAUUAUUGGCAAAAGCUGAUAACUUGACCUUCUACAAAUGCCGGUUUAGCGGAUACCAAGACACCUUAUACACUGCAGAAGGAAAGCAAUUUUUCAGAGACUUAUCUCAUCAUCACUGCACAACAAAGACUGACUGGCGAAGAGAACACUGGAACAAUCCUCCAGAAUUGCACGAUAAAAGCGACAAGAAAUUUGCUGAAAGAAGAAUUAAAAUUCAAAUGCUACUUAGGCAGGCCCUGGGGCGUUAUUCAAGAGUUGUAGUACUGCAGAGUUUCAUAGAUUCUGUCAUCACUCCAACAGGUUGGGUUCCAUGGCCAGGGGAACCAACCAAUGACGUAUUUUACGCUGAGUAUGACAACAGGGGACCAGGGGCAAACAGGGCGCUAAGAAUACCGUGGUCUACGGUUAUUACCAAUGUUGCACAGGCAUCUCAAUUUACACUAAGAAGUUUCCUGCAAGGAGGUGAUUGGAUACCUUCAAGUGUACCCCGUUAUUUAGAUUUAAUCCAAGAUUCUACCAGUGUACUUCGUUGA